GGCCGCGCCGCACGCCAAGAUGGGGAAGAAGGGCGAGCGCGGCGCCAAGGAGCGGAGCGCGGCGCAGGAGGAGGAGGCUCGCAACGCCGCGCGCAAGGCCGAGCAUGGCGAAGAGGAGUACCAGUGCACCGGCGCCCUGGAGCAGGACUUCCCCGAGCUGUGCGCGCGCGCCGGGCUGCAGGAGGCGCCCCGCGUGGUCAGCCGCCCGCACCCGCCCGCCGCCCCGCCGCCCGAGGAGCCCGAGGGGGGGGCGGCGGCGGCGGAGCAGCGGGAGGCGCCCGGCGCGCUGGCCCAGAUCCAGGGCAAGUACGCCUACUUCCGCCCCACGGUGCAGGUGGAGCUGGAGCACGAGGACCCCAAGAGCGCCCGCGAGGUCUUCAUCCGCAGUUGGAAGAUCGAGGAGAAGAUGUUGGGGGUCUUCGCCAAGUGCCUGCCGGCCCUCGCCCACCUGCAGGCCCUGCACCUCUGGAAGGUUGGCCUGACCGACGCCACUUUCCUCUCCCUGCUCUCCGUGCUGGCCACCUGUACCAACCUCAAGACCCUGGUCUUGGAGGGGAACCCCCUGCCCCAGCAGUCCUUCUACAAGCUGGUUUCGGAAGAGAGCAGCUUGGCCCACCUCUCCCUGAGGAACAACAACAUCGACAACCGGGCGGCCCUCCUGAUCGGCCAGGCACUCUCCUCGCUCCACAGCACCAACAAGAACCUGGUCUCCAUCAACCUCAGCUACAACCACAUUGGGGACGCGGGGGCUACCCACCUCGCCAAUGGCUUGCGCCUCAACCGGUCACUGCUCUCCUUGUCGUUGGCGUAUAACGAGAUUGGGGACGAGGGUGCCCAGAAGCUGGCUGAGGUGUUUGGCCCCUUCGCCCUCACGCAUGCGGAGGUGGUGGAGAGGCGGCGGCUUCAGCUGGAGAAGGAGGCCCAGGAGAGAUGCCGCCUGCCCCAGAGACACACAGACCUGAAGAGCGAUCGGCCCUCCAGCCAUGUCAGCAGCACGACCAUUGACAAGCUGCAGCCUCUCAAGGGUGGCAAGGCGGUCAACAAGAAGAAGGCGAGGCAUCCAAGGACUGGGAGGGCUGGGGCAGAGAGCCGGGGGCUCCCCCUUUCCGCUCAGGGACUGGAGCCCCACCUCUCCAGCCACCGCUGGCCCCUGUGCAACCCCCGGGCAGAAAGGCGGGGGACAGAGCACCCCCGGGCCACAGAGACCGGCGCUUGCCUCUCGCAGGAACCCGCCAAAAAGGAGGAGAAGGGCCAGGCGACCGGGGCGGCCCCAGCGCAGCCUCCAGCAGUGGCAGUAGCGGCAGCAGCCCAGGCCAAGAAGGACGAUGCCAAGCAGUCCAAGAAAGCGGCUCCGCCCAUCGACCCAAAAGCCGCGCGGGGCAAGGGGGCAAAGCUGAGCUCCAAGGACAAGCGGAGCCAAAUCCUAGACAUGGAGCAGAUCCUGGAGCCCACCGAGAUGAUGAACCCCCUCCUGGAACCGGCGGAGCACCGCGACGGGCAGGUCUUCCUCCAGGGAAACCGUGUUAUCAUCUUCCUGAACCUCAUCCGGAACCACAUCACGGAGAACGGCCUGAAAGCCUUCCUGGCCAUGGUGGAGUACCAGGUCAGCCGGGUGGUUCCUGGGGGGAAGGGGCCGACCGGCCUCCUGCACCUCUCUCUAGCGAAGAACAGCUUCCCGGCUGACAGCAAGACCUACAGCAGGAUCCAGGAACUCAUGGCGCCCCGAGACCCCCUCCCCAAGGCCUCCAAGCCGGAAGAGGAGCUGCUCUCGGCUGCCCAGUAACCGCCGCCCCCCAGCCAGGCCCGGCCUCUCCCUGCGGACCCUGCUGC